UUCCAGCAAGGAAGUCAACUUUUUAUACAAACAUCGAUUGUGGCACAAGCUGCUUAUCAAUGAAACGAUAUCGUCCUCAUGUAUAGACAUUUAUCCGCUUUUUAAUCCGAAACGCAGUUUUUACAGUUUUAUACACGAGUGGCUUUGUGUUAGUGACAGAGAAACGCUCACAGAGCUUUAACAUGGCGCAGUAAAUUAUUUGUAACACUUUUAGGGCGCACUGGAUAAACAGUUCAUGUUCUUUCUGCAUUCUGGACUGUUUUACGUCAAGGAACCAUGACUGAUGAGGACCCGUAUCUUCCAGUGACCCACGAGUACUUUGACUUUGAUCACCAAUGGAUUACGAUCGACCAGAACUUUCCCGCCGUGCCGAUUUCCAACCAACAUCGUAUAGAAGGACCUUCUCUCCAGAUUACGGAGCAACCCAAGCAGAGGGGCUUCAGGUUUCGAUACGGCUGUGAGGGUCCUUCUCACGGUGGACUCCCGGGAGCCUGCAGCGAGAAGAACAGGAAGACGUAUCCUCAGGUUACGAUCUGUCAUUAUCACGGUCCAGCACGAAUUGUGGUCCAGUUGGUGACCAACGCUAAACAGCCCCACCUGCAUGCGCACAGCCUCGUAGGAAAGCAGUGCGACAAGGGCAUCUGCGUCGUCGACCUCCAGCCCAAAGACUCCACCAUCAGUUUUCCGAACCUGGGAAUCCUUCAUGUGACUAAGAAGAAUGUGAGUAAGACUCUGGAGGAGAGGAUGAGUGAAGCCUACAGGCUCGGUUACAACUAUGGCGUGGUCAUCCAUCCUGAAAUUGACUCUGUCCAAGUGGAGACCCGCCUUCCUCGAGAGCUCACAGAACACCAGCGGCAUUUGAUCUGCAGUGCCGCAGCUAACCAGGCCAAAGACAUGGACCUGAGUGUAGUGAGGCUCAUGUUCACCGCCUUUCUGCCCGACAGCGAGGGCGGGUUCACGCGCAGACUCGAGCCGGUCAUAUCCGAGCCCAUCUACGACAGCAAAGCUCCAAACGCCUCAAACCUGAAGAUCGUGCGGAUGGACCGCACAGCAGGGUGUGUGACGGGUGGAGAGGAAGUGUACCUGCUCUGUGACAAAGUUCAGAAAGAUGACAUCCAGGUGCGCUUUUAUGAGGACGAUGAGACGGGAAUCGUCUGGGAGGCAUUUGGGGAUUUCUCUCCCACCGACGUGCACAGACAGUUCGCCAUCGUGUUCAAGACGCCCAAGUACCGCGACCAGAACCUUCAGAAACCUAUCUCGGUCUUCGUGCAGCUCAAAAGGAAGUCGGACAACGAGAUGAGCGAGCCCAAACCUUUCACCUAUCACCCACAGAUCAUAGAUAAGGAAGAAGUCCAGAGGAAGAGGCAAAAGACACUGCCCAAUUUCCCAGAUUACGGCGGAGCAGGGGGCGGAGUCGGGGGCAUGUACAGAGGGCCAGGAGGAGGGGCUCCAUCAGGGGGUGGUCACGGUGGAGGUGGAGGAGGAGGAGGAGGAGGUGGUGGUGGAGGUUAUUAUCAGGGUUUUUAUAACAACUUCAACUCCACUUAUGGCUUUCCAUCAUCCAUGGGUGGAGGAGGGAGCGGCAUUAAGCACUCUAAUCACGGUCCGGUGGAAGACACGGACGAGGAGAGCGACGACGAUCCGGACGACGAUCCCGGGAAGGGGGGAGUGUGUUUCCUGCCUGGGUUACCAGGUUUGGAGGAGCUUUGUGAUGAGAGCGAGGAUUCAGAGGCGUCUGAUGUGUUUGAGACAGAAACCACAGAUUGUUUGAUUGAGCCAAGGUUAACCGAGCUAGCACAGAGACACGCCAGGGCUUUGUUUGACUAUGCCAUAAGCAGUCACGUUCAUCGGCUGCUGGCUCCACAGCGUCCACUGAUGGCUGCUCAAGAUGAGAACGGAGACACGGGACUGCACUUGAGUGUGAUCCACAGUCAGACGAGUGCAGUGAAGAACCUAGCGGAGGUGAUAAUGGCGAUUCCCGGAGAGGACGUUUUGAACAUGAGAAACGACCUGUAUCAGACUCCGUUGCACCUGGCCGUAGUGACUGAGCAGAAGGAAGCAGUCGAGGCGUUAUUGGAGGCAGGAAGUGACCUCACUCUUACCGAUCGCCAUGGCAACACGGCGCUGCACCUGGCCGCCCAACAGAAAGACGGAGAGAUGAUCCGAGUGCUGAUGAGACACAGAGAGGCAAUGGAAUUAUGCAACACGCACAACACAGCAGGACUGUGUCCCCUGCAUAUAGCCGUCUUGGCUAAUAGUCUGCUCAACAUGAGAGCUCUGCUGGAGGCCGGGGUUGACGUGGAGGUUCGGGAGCGAACAUGUGGCCGCACACCGCUCCACCUCGCUACCGAACAUGACAACGUCUCACUCGCCGGAUGCCUGCUGCUAGAGGGCAACGCUGAAGUCGACAGUCUGACGUAUAACGGCUCUACGCCUCUACACAUUGCAGCGGGGCGGGGCUCUCUGAAACUGAGCGCACUCCUCAUCGCCGCAGGUGCAGAUCCUCAUAAAGAGAACUUCGAGCCGUUGUUCUUCAGAGACGACGAAUGCUGCAGUGAAGACAAAGACAAGGUGGACGAGGGCUACAUCCCAGGAACGUCCCCACUUAACAUGGCUGCUUCAUCAAAGGUGCGAGAAAUCCUGAAUGGUAAACUAUACCAGCCCAGCACUGUUUUCACCAUGCCACAAGGAGACCUGCACAGACUGGGCACAGAGACAAAGCAGGCACUGUGCAAAUGUUUGGAGGAGUCUGCAGGCGGUUGGGAGUGUCUCGCACACACACUCAGACUGGGCAUCCUCACCAACGCCUUCCGCCUCAGCUCACAGCCAGCACGCACACUUCUGGAUAGCUACGAGGUAUCGGGCGGGACAGUGCACGAGCUCUUAGCAGGUCUGAAGAGUAUCGGGAACGUCGGCGCCGUCAGCAUACUGCAGGAGAGCAUCACGUGUGAUGAAAACGAGAACGCACACGAUGAAGAUCUGUGCACCGACGGCGCCAUAUCCAAUCACUUGCAGGCUCUAAAAUUAUCUGUGUCGGACGACAACGGCGUGUGCGAUAGCGGCGUGGAGACGUCCUUCCUGUAACCGAGCCUCACCAUGACUGACUCGCUGACCUCCCACUGGAACAAGUUCCCAACCUUGAACUACGAACGCACGACGAUCUCCAACGCUGCUCUGACUUGGGACUCGUUGAUUGGCUGCUGAUAAGCCACGCCCACACGCGAGACCAUCGACAAGGCAGCGCUUGGAGUGUCGUGUUGGGGAGACGCACUUGGUUGAAAAAAUUUCAGUUGUUAAUUUAAGUACUUUUUUUUUUUUUUACUCCAAAAUGUUUUUUUUUUUUAAUGGUUUUUGAUUUUAAUAAGAAAAAGACAGUUAAACAAUGUCUUGUUUAUUUUCUGACAGAUAUUAAGCAUGCUAUAAUGUUCAGAGGACGUGUACAAGCCUACACAACUACGCCAUGCUGUUGUAUGAAUGUGAUAUUAUUAGCAUCAUCAGGAUAUGAAAUAUUCAGGGUUUGUAUUAUAUACUAUGAUGAUUCUUUAUUUUUUUUUCCUUUUCUUUUUUUUUUCUUUUUUUUUUUUUUUUUUUAAGUGAAUCCUGUCUCAGGAAACGCUGCACUCCAUUUAUCACGCUCUUACCUGAAUCUUUUUUUCAGAGCCUCUGGACCAAUAGGCUUUUAGUAUACUGAAGAAAAAGAAUGAAAGGAAGCGCUUUAUUUUGUUUUAUUAUUUUUUUUAUACAGCGGUGGCAUUUAUUUAUCGUUUUAUUUCUCUUAUUAUUUUGUCUAAGCUUUUCAUCUACUGUUGUAUUGCAGAGAUGUGUUGGUGGUACUGUGUUGAUUUAUUAAUAUUAUUUUUUUUUGUGUGUUUGUGGUGCUACAAUCAGAAAAAAAAAUGACAAAUAGUGAAUGAAAUCUUAUUUUUUGGCAUUUUGAAGAUUGCUUUUUAUUUCAUAAGCUAAUAACUCAAAGAUAAUGAUAUCAAACCUUAAAGGAAAUGAUUACACAAUUACCUUCUAACCCAAUAUGUAUUGGACACAGGGUCACACACACACACACACUCACACAAAGCUCCACACAGACGUGAGCUGAGAGAUGGCAUUGUUUCCCGGCUCCAUUUUAUAGUAUUGUGCAAACUGCAAAGUAAAUCUUCAUCGCUGUUUGACAGGAAAAUUGUAUAAAAAUUUUUUUUUUAUUUUUAAAAUUGUCAAAUAUGAGGAAAAAAAAGUCAAGUAUAUUUGACUUGCUCGAAUUUUCUGAAGAAAUGCUUGUAAAAAUGAUUGUAGUAAUAAUAAUCUGGCGUGUUUAAUAUGAUCCAUCCUUUGCACUGUGACCAUUUUACGAAACCGAGUAUGUUUGAAAUGUUUACCCGAGAAUUCCCCCAACCCCCCAAACGUGUUUUCAUUUCUACGUCUAAAUUCGAGAACAUAUCAGUAUAAAGGCGAUAUGAUAAAGAAAUGCAGAACUGUACACGACGAUCUCUACGACACUUCACCUUGUAUUCGUAUACAAGCUCAUAAACUGAUCCAAAAUAUUUUUUCUUCGUUUCUCUUGAUAACUGGAUAGACGUACAAGCUUCAUGCCCCUUUUUCUGUCUGUUUUGGCUGCAUUCAUUUUCUAGAGAUUCGUCUGUUAUUAUCAUUACAAUUACUAUAUCAGCUACAGACUGCUAUAUAUUGUUAUGUAAUGAGGAAAACCAAAACAUUGUUCUUGCUUAGCAAAGAAACUGUAUUUAUAACUCGCUUUGAAAUGUGUUACUGAUGUACUUUUAUAAUAAAACUAAUAAUUACACUC